AUGAUCGCCACACUUUUCUGGUUCAUUUUCCUAAGUUCCACCAUCGCUUUUGGGCCUGUGGAUCUCUGGACUGAGAGGAAUGAGACUCUGGGUCCCAGUGAGCAGUGCUCCUGUGACUCCUUCCUGCCAGACAGCACAUUCCCCAUGAAAGAGCUGGUGCUCCUGGAGCAGACCAUGGUGCAGAUCAACCACAAGUUAGAAAUGGAGAUCAGCAAGGUUGAGAUGUUCGAGAGCAAACAUACCAUCUACAGUGAGAAGGUUGUCAACCUCACAACGCUAAUCAAGCAGAUGGAAAAUAACCCUGACUCCUACAAUGAGCUGCAAAUACAGGAGUUGAAGAUACAGAUCAAGCAGAUAGAAGCCCUGAGUUUAGAGCUUCAGACAUCCCUUGAGGUUUCUUCUACUGUGCUCAUCGGCAUCCGCAAAGAGAUCACCUCUAUGAUUGUUGUGCUGACUCAACUGGAAACCACAUAUGACAAGAACCUGCUACUGGUGACACGUAGAGAAUAUAUCAAGCUUCAGCAGAAACUAGAAGAAUGUGAGAGACAACACAAUGAAAUCUUCAAUCCUAAUAUAGGAUCUUGUAACCAUGGUGGCAUCUCAAGACUCAGUAAGCCAAUCAUUAGCCAGCUGAAUGCACACCUGAAUGCAGGCUAUCAAUAUGGAGGGUGGGGUAAAGAUUCAAACCCACGAUCUGGCUCUGAAAAUAUGUACUGGUAUGCUGGUUUCUCUGAUACGCUGGUUAAGAGUUUCAGUCUUUAUGCAGACUAUUACAGACUGAUCAUGAGACAAGCAACGAAAACAUAUGAGCUCUAUAUAAAUACUGCAAAGGACUGGCAGGGCACAGGUAACAAUUAUAUUGUACAUGGUAACACCUUUUAUUAUCAGUACAGAAACCCUUUCAGCAUGGCAAAGUACAAUAUGACCACACAGACCGCAGUGUACAGGGUGGUGCCAAAGGCAAGCAACAGAUUCUCCUACCACUAUUCACCCAAUCAGAACUUAGACUUUGCAGCUGAUGAGACUGGAUUAUGGGUAACGUAUGCUACAGAGGAGUCAAGGGGUAAACUGGUGUUGGGUAAGAUAGAUGAGGAAUCAUUUGCUUUAAAGGAAGUGUGGGAGACUAGUGUCUACAAACCAUCUGUGGGCAAUACCUUUAUGGUAUGUGGUGUUCUUUAUGCUACCAGAUCUGUGGAUAUUAAAACAGAGGAGAUUUUUUACACUUAUAACACCCACACGAGAAAAGAGAGCCAUGUUAGUAUACCAUUUGAGAAGUUCCAGGAUACCUAUGUGUACCUAGAUUACAACCCCACUGAUCAGAAACUCUACAUGUACAAUAAAGGUUAUUAUGUCAGCUAUCAUAUUUGGUUCAAGCAGAAUAUCUCUAAUAAACCACAGCUAUUGAUCUGA